AGAGACCAGGAUGGAACUCUGAUCUGUCUGCCGGUCCGUCGACUGAUGUCUGAUGUGUGGUGAUUACAGAGAGGCUUUUGUCUUAUUGCAGUGGAUAAUAUUUUGAUAUUCGAAGUUUUCAGCAGUCAUUGACAUUUGAUUAAAGCGAAAAAGAGGGCUGUAGUCUGGAAAUUGAGCGGAAAAUAUUGAAAUUUGGAUCAAAGACAGUUAAAAGUCAGCGGGAAGUUUGGAGGAUCAAUAAACUUUGUGUAUUGGAUAAACACUGGUUCUAUACACGGUAGCAGAACCCGCCUUCCUUGGCGGUAAAACAUUUUGUCCUUGACCGAGCUUGGCCACACGCUAAUUCCACGUCACAGUGCAUGUUCAAGGUCUGACGGACUCCAUAGCCCUCUCUUAUCAAUAGCCGAUCAUUUAAAGUAUAAUAGCUCACACAGACCUACUGAAUAGAAUAGGAAUGAAUUUAAAUGGUCUACCUGUGCAGAUAUGAUACCUUGAAUAGAUUAUCAUAAUAAACUCUUUAUUACAUACCCACGCAUGCGCCCGUAAGAUGAAAUCGGAAUCCAAUCCAAUGACGCGAAAUAAUCGUUUUGAGUCAGUAUUGAAAAUACCGGCUAACGGCAAGGAAGGGAGAUUUAACUCGAGACCGACGACAACAUUUAAUUUCCGUCGAAGAACAAGUGUGACUUUCGAUAUUGGAUCAAUAAAAGAAAUUGAAUUUAGCAAUGAAAACUCUUAUCACGAAAAAAAGAACAGUGACACUCAUUUAAGGAGGAUGAGCGCUCCCGAAUUGCCGCCAAUACAAGAUAGAGCCCGGAACUCCCCCCUCGCAGCAUACCACAGCAGUCGUUACAUUCGGAGUAGAAGCAGCAAGCCAAGUACUAACGCUAGUGACAGUUCCCACAGACAGCGCUUCACAAAGUCACCUUUCAGUCAGGAAUCGUCUGAAUCCGCCAAUAGUAAUGGCAAAAAGCUGACCAACGGAUUUAUUCAGAGAUCAAAGACGUGGGUUCCGUCGGAAGAGACCAAUACUUCAUCAACUGUGAGUACUUUGAAAUUAGAGUCCAUAGAUAAUAAAAAAGGGAAAAUGAGCACACCAAGGUCCGUCAAAAACGGAUACCGUACCCGGUUAUCUUCCAAGGACAAUUCCAUUUCUAGUGGAAACAACAAUACUGCACAGCUAAAGAAGAAAAGCCUUACGCACUGUCAAAGUGAACCUAAGAUUUCCCCCAUUUCCGACUACACAACGAACCGACAAAAAACGACUAUGCGGCAAAAAUCACGAACAAACAAUUCUGUGAACAAUAAGGUACUUUCUAUAGAUAAAACAGACAAUUUAACCAAAAACAGAUACAACAGUGGUACUGUCAAUGGUAUGAGGCGGUACAGUUCAACCAUCCAGCUGAUACCGCAAAAACAUGUCAAUUACGAUGACUUUGAAGACGACUCGGGUGAGGAUUCAGAUAAAGAUCACAUGAUCAUCAAUUGGCUAAUCGGAGUGGACAACGAAGAUCCGGAAGACGUUCCUGAACCUGAAAUUGAAUAUCCGGAAGAACCCCCUCAGACAGACACUGCUUUACACAUAGUGUAUAACGGAGACUCAUGAUGACAGUCCCAGCUUCCUACACAGGAAGUCUGCUUCAAAAUGUGACAUUUAGAACCACGAACGGUAGUCCGAAAGGCUCUGGAGUGUUGCCGGGGUUGAAGAAGCAUUAUCUGUGAUAUGAUACUGUGAUUGGUUCAUGGGUUUAUAUGGUGCUUUGUAUUGAAGAGUAUAAUGGAUGAAGAUUUCGCUUGUGCAAUAUAUUUGUAUGGGAGACAUUUGGUCCGUUGUGGAAUCGUACAUAAUACUUCUUUAGUAUCUAUUCUCAUUUGAAAUGGUUUAACUGGUGAAAUGGUUGACUUGUGCAAAGAUGAAAUGUCACUCCAUCUAUCCAAGUUUUUUGAUUUCGAUUUUCGGUAUCUAGUAUUUCUUUGGAUAGCUGUGGAUAUAGAAGUACAUUGACAUUUAUGCGACAAAAGUCUGUUUUUACAAGCUGGGACUAUUUAAAUGUAAAUUUACCGACUGUGUUACCUAGAUUUAAGCUAAAUAUUUUAACUUUAAAAGUAAACUGUGAGAUAGUAUUUGUAUUGAAACUAAUAACAGUCAAGGGAUUUUUUGAUAAAGAGUAUGUUGAAAAUAUGGAACGACUUACGUUCUUUUAGAAAUUUAAUUCUUGUCAGAUUUGCAAGUUAUUGUAAGAAUUUUUAAGAUUGGUAUUUAUUUUUACUGCUCUAAAGUACAAAUUUAUUUUUUCAAAGUUUAAAAUCAAAGUUGAUUAGUGGCCAUUUUUAAAAGACAAUAAAACCUCAGCGUGAAUGCUGUGACCUACCAGGGGGUAAUUAAAACGAUUCAUUCAAAACUAAUUAGUGGACACAUUGUUGCCUAUUAAAUCUUUUGUCCAUAUUCCUAGUCUGUCAGUCGACAGAUUUCUUCAUGCAUAAAUCGCCCAGUAAGCUUAUUAUAUUUAAUCCUAGCUAAUAAAAUCUUUGAAUUCUGGAAACAACUUUCUUUGGAAAUCAAACGAAAAUCUGCUCAAUUGUAUGACCAUUUGUUCUUGAGAGUAUUAAGAUCAGGGUUUUCCAAAAUUCAGCGCACGUCAGUAUAACACUUAAACAUUAGAGAACGGUAAAUUUCCAUAAGAAGGUAUUACACGUGUACGUAAUGGAGUUCACAAACUCUAAAUUCUUUGGUCAUUCCUUUAAAGUGUUGUUCUUACAUUCCAGUUCUUGACAUUCAAAUCUCUGCAAUUUUUAAAACAAAGAAAAACAAAUUGAAACCUUCCUAAUUUCUCAAAUGUCUGCAUAAUAUUAAAAGUAAUCCUUGUAUAUAAUACUUCCAUCCCAUAUGUUCCCUGUUUAACAGGGUUAGAAAAUCCCAUUUUCCUCCUGAAUGAUAUAUGUGUGAAUUUUUGUGUAAUUUAUUAAUAAUAUUUAAUUAUUGUUCUGUAUACAGUUUCUGUAUAUGUAUUAUUCCACCGUGCCAAUUUAUUUUUAUCUGCUUGCAUUUACAAUUUUAUUUAAGGAAAGUAUUUAUCAGUUGAAAUCCUUUACUGCUUUAAUUAAUUAAUUUUGGCUUCUAUCUAGUUUAGAUUUCUUUGAGUUUUAGUGAAAACUAUCAAUUCUUUCUGCAUUUUGCGACCAGCAAAAUGUAAAUACUUAUAUAUAUAUAUAUGCAUUCCUCUAUUUCGGUAAAUAACAACUUCUAAUUCACAAAUCACGACCCGUAAAGACUGCGGAGAAAUAGAACUAAAUCACUACAACCCUUCCUUUAGUUAUGUUUGAGUCUAUCAAUUAUAUAUUAGCUAAUUAACCAAAAGACGGUGGGAAAAUAUUUUCCCCUUAAUGAAAACAACGUCCCUUAAAUCUAGUCUUGUUUUAUUAAUUCUGUCUUGCCUGAUCUCGGCUGGCCGAGGAUUUCUGGGAACUUUUUCCCCUUACUUUCCUUACUUUUUUAACUUCAAGAAUACAUUUAUAGAUCUCCGCAACGAAAGCUAAAUUAAGUUUAUUAAAAAAAAACAUUUUUUUUAGAUUAUUAAAGGUUUAUUUUUCCUAUUUAAAUAAUUAAACGUUGGUUUUCUUGCUUUUUUACAUCAGUGUUUGUCAAUCAUUAAAACGUUUGAUUGGAUUACUACAUGGUACGUUAUUUAUGUUCCAUAAUUACCGUAUUACACUGUGAAUAAAUGAAUUUAAAUGCCUUGAAUGCUAUCUGAUGGAAAGCAUCAGUAAAAAUGUGAAGUUGGCUUCUUUGUACUGUAUGAAUUGUAUUUCUGUAAACUUAAAACACUCAAAGAGAAAAUAAAAACAUGAAAACCCUGUACACAA